AUGUUGACUCGUACAUUGUUUCAAACUCAAAAGGCUGCAUUCAAGUCAUUUGCUCCGGCAUUUACUCUACCUCUAAGAACUUCCGUCAGAUACACUAGCUCUUUCAGACAGGAGGACCAACCAAGAUUGAGAAUUGGUUCCACCGUUCCAAACUUUGAUGCUAAUACCACUUUCGGUAAAAUUAACUUCUAUGAUUACCUAGGUGAUUCCUGGGGUGUCUUUUUUUCCCAUCCUGCUGAUUUCACCCCAGUCUGUACCACUGAAUUGGGCGCAUUCUCCAAGUUGAAGCCAGAAUUCGAUAAGAGAAAUGUUAAAUUGGUUGGUCUAUCAGUAGAGGGUGUCCCAUCUCACAACGAAUGGAUUAAGGAUAUCGAAGAAAUCUCUAAAUUGAACAAAUUCGGUUUCCCAGUGAUUGCAGAUGAAAACAAAGAAGUUGCCUUCUUGUACAAUAUGGUUGACGAAGAGGGUUUCAAGAACUUGGGCAAGGGUCCAGUCUCAACCAUCAGAUCCGUGUUUGUGAUUGAUCCAUCCAAGAAAUUGAGAAUCUCCUUCACUUACCCUCCAUCCGUCGGUAGAAACUCCGCUGAAGUGCUAAGAGUUGUGGAUGCUUUACAAAAGACCGAUGCUAAGGGCGUUGUAACUCCAAUCGACUGGCAAGAAGGUCAAGACGUUAUCAUUCCACCAAGUGUCUCCGAUGCUGAAGCUGAAAAGAAAUUCGGCAAGUUCGAAACCGUGAAGCCAUACUUGCGUUUCACCAAGGCCUAA